GCUUUCAGUCUACCGCGGAUCGCGAUUCUCGCACGUCCGUCCAGGUGCAAAGGAAGGUAGAUUUUCGAGCCCGAUGAGACCCGAGAGCGCAGAGCACAGGUACACGUGACCUUCCCCAGCAAAAUUAUCGCAUCGUGAAAAUUUCGCAUUUCGACGAAUCAAUCGGCGAAAAGAACACCUGGAUCGGGGUAACGAACCGAGGUCGGAGUACGAUGAAAGAUACGAGAACACAUUCGGAAGAAGAAGACGAAGGAGAAGAGGAGGAGGAGAAUAAGGAGCCGAAAGGUGAAAAGUUUGGAUUCGUCAUCGAGGACGUCGAGUGUUGAGAGCUCGAGUUUGCGGCGAUGAGAUAGAGGUACCUGUAUGCGAGAGAACGGAGAGGACGCGAGAGUCGAGAGAUAGAGAGGGACGGAGGUUGUUUAAUUCCAUGAAUGUAUGAGUAUGGGGUAUCCGAGUAUUGGUGAUAGUUGGUUGGGUACAGUCAUUCAAGGAGAAUGUAGUUACCUGGCCGACAGAAACGGCAACGGCAACGGCAACGGCAACGGCAGCGGUGAUGCCAGAUCUAUCCGAUUAUAUGCUGCUGGUGGAGCAGGUAUAAUACAUGCCUAGUCUUUUUACGAAUCCAUGUACUCGUAUACCCGAUAAAAACGUAUCGCAGAAUGAUUUUGAACAUUCACGAAAUAACACCUGACAAAGAAGAGAAACAACGCGCUCUCAACGAACAAAGGCACACACGGUCCACGGAGAACUGCAGCGUUCGCAAAUUCGAAACUCCCGGAAUAAUUGGUCGCGUUUUGCAUAAUCGAAACGCAAUCUCGUGAGACGACAAAAAUCGGUGUGAUAUAGUUUAAAAGGUAUCCCUACCGUAUGAGGAUUUCGUUAUGGUUAAAAAGUGAAAUUUUAUGUGCCCCACACGAUCUGAAAACACUUUUCGUGAUUGCAAGUAUACUGUACGAUAAACUUAGUUGCGAUUGAUUAUUACUUUACCGCCUAUGAUAAAUUUUUGUUGUCGAAGAUAGCUGAUCUAUUACACAAGAUCUGACUAUAAUUACUGUAAAUUACCCUCAAAAGACAAAAAAAAAAAAAGAAACCAUGAUAUUAUAUCGGUCUUCCACGAGAAACGAACACUGCAACUACAUGUAUGUAUAAAUAGUCCUAGCGAAGACGAAAAAAUUCGAAAAUCUGUUGAAAAAAAUAUUUCCAUGGAGGGUUGUAAUAAAAAGCUUAUGCAACUUUUCAUGCUCAGACUGACUUCGCCUUAUCGCUGCCAAAAAAUUUUGUCAUCCGACGACAGGAUGAGUAGGAAACAAGAAAAUCGCAUCAACGGACUGUCGUAACAGACAGAAACAUCGGCGAUGAAAAAUAGUAGCGUGCAGGAAUUAAUUUCUGAUUGACAAAAAAUUUGUUAAAAAUCCUGCAGAAUAUAAUGUGCGUAUAACGGUGUUGUUGUUUCGUUGUAUGUUUACUUUUUUUUUGUCCUUGUUUAAGAUUGAAAAGUACCGCGAGUGCUAAACGACGAAAAAUACCCGAGAGCGAACUGUCGAAAGAAAAAUAAACCCUAGUGUUCUCUGGAAAAAAAAAAAAAAAAAUCACACGAUUUCCAAUAAUAAAACAUUACGCUCGACGUAUAUAUUCGAAGAAACAUAUAAUCUGUGUAAUUUGAUUAAGACUAUACGUAUUAGAAUCUGUGAUGCGCUUCGAGGGUUUCCGUUGCAGUUUUGUAGCAGCAUUAUUUUUGUCAUUGUUAUUGUUGCUCUUCUUGUUACCGUACGUUGGUGUUAAAUUUUAUUUAGCGAAAGAUCGAUCGAUCGACUCUUCGUCUAAAAAGAAAAUUUUGUGCUCGAGUGUUAUAACAUUUAUUGUGAUAUUAAAUAAUAAUAAGAAAUCAAGAUAGCGGCGUGAUGCUGCUGGCAGCUUUUUUUUUCUUCUAUUUCUUUCAUUUUUCUGACUCCUAAAAAAGGAGGGGUGCAUUUAUCGGUGUCGAUUAAAGUAUUUUAAGAAAUUUCAACCCAACCCCUGCGAAGGAUAACUCGAUCCUACGGUGAUUUUUUUUUCAAACAAAGACGACUAAUAAGGAUAAGAAGUGUUAUCGUCGGUGUUGAAAUAGAUGAAGUAAAUACGAGCCUUCACCCGCUGGAUAUCGCGGUCCUGCAGCAGCAGCAGCUUUUAUCGGAGUUAUAGAAUGUCCUGCGGGGGGACGAUAUUAUGUCGGGGACGGUUGAUGCACCUGAUUCAGGUCGCCCUCCUCAUCCUACUGCUACUUGGGACAGUCUGCAUGCCUCUCAUUGUUGUCGUUGCUUCGCCUAUUCAUCCGCUGCCGCCACACAGAGGUAUAUCGAGGGGUUCGUACAUCCGACAUUAUGGGGCUGCUUGGUACGACACUUCGGCGUUGCGUCAACAUCGCGAUCGUGUGCGUCGCGACGCUUCCGACAACCUCAAAGACCAACCCUUGACUCUACGGCUGCACGCCCUCGACAAAAUGUGGACGAUAAAAUUGGUACGUGACGGUGGCUUGUUCGCGGACGACGCGAUUUUCGAAAAUUCCGACGGAAUCAUAUCGUUCGACACGAACAGGGCGUACGUCGGGAGUAUUUUGGAGGAUGAGAACGCGUCGGUCCAAGGAGUCGUUACGGAGGAGGGUCUGUUCGACGGUACCGUGUGGUCGGGACUGGAGGAAUAUUACAUAGAACCGUCGAGCAGAUAUUCCGUCGAGGACGAGGACACCAGCCCACCCUAUCACACCAUAGCUUACAGAGCUUCCGACGUCACGUCACCCUCGCAACCUCUUCGCUGCGCCAGCCAGCACCUGAGCCGCGGCACUCUUCGCGAGAGCAUCGAUCGGGUAUCGAGAGGUGCGAACGUCAACGGUUCGUCCGAACCACUCUACGAGCAUCUGGUGGACGAGGAGAUUCGCGCGCACGGCGGCCUUUACUCCAACGAACCAGUUCCGAAAAAAUCGGUGACGUCCGCCGAGAGGAACUACGAUCUCGAAUACCUCGACAGGGUAUACCGCGAACGUUACGCCAGGCAUCUCCACAAAAGGGCAACGGUGGAUCCUAGAAAAACAACGUGCAUGCUCUACUUGCAGGCGGAUCAUCAAUUUUUCUCAAGAUACGGAACCGAGGAGGCGUGCAUCGAAGUUAUGACCAGACACGUGCAAAGAGUUAAUUCCAUCUACAAACACACAGAUUUCAACCAAGACGGUCGCCCGGACAACAUAAGUUUCAUGAUAAAAAGGGUGAAGGUCCACAGCGGAGAGUCGGUGAAAGACCCGAACUACCGAUUCCCCGGAAAUUACGGCGUUGAAAAGUUCUUGGAACUCUUUUCCGAGGAAGAUUACGACGCGUUUUGUUUGGCUUAUAUGUUCACCUACAGAGAUUUUGAAAUGGGUACUCUGGGUCUCGCUUGGACGGGAGAUCUAAAAAAUGCUGGCGGAGUGUGCGAAAAAAAUGGGCACUACCGAGGUAGUAUGAAGUCACUGAACACCGGUAUCGUCACUUUACUCAACUACGGGAAACACGUGCCCCCAGCCGUAUCUCACGUUACUUUGGCCCACGAAAUCGGUCACAAUUUCGGCUCUCCCCACGAUCCUGAACAAUGUACUCCUGGAGGAGAGGAUGGAAAUUUCAUAAUGUUCGCACGUGCUACCAGCGGUGAUAAGAGAAAUAACAACCGCUUCAGUCCGUGCAGUUUGAACGCUAUAAAUCCUGUACUAAACACCAAAGCGCGUUCGCCAAAAGGAUGUUUCACCGAGCCCCAAGCUUCUCUUUGUGGCAACGGUGUGGUAGAAGAAGGUGAAGAGUGCGAUUGCGGAUGGGAAGAAGAUUGCCGAGAUUCAUGUUGUUUUCCACAACGUCGUUAUCCGCCGGCCGAGGAACCUCCUUGUCGGCUUACUCCUGGAUCGAUUUGCAGUCCCAGUCAGGGUCCGUGUUGCACAAACGAGUGCAAACUUCAAUUCGGUGUAAAAUGCAGAGACGACAACGGGUGCAGGGAUGCAAGUUUUUGCGACGGUAGAGUACCUCACUGUCCACCGUCUAUUAACAAACCCAAUAAAACCGUGUGCAACGAAGAACUGGUCUGCUUCAUGGGGGAAUGUACCGGAAGUAUUUGUCUGGCGUACGGUUUGGAAUCUUGUCAAUGCAUUCCCGGGCCGACCGAUCCCCCUACCAAGGCCUGUGAACUUUGUUGCCGCUUGCCCGGCGAAAAUCAACCUUGCCUGUCUUCUUUCGACUGGAACAAAUGGCCGUACGAUAUACCGGAUAUGUUUUCGAAACCGGGAACACCUUGCAACGAUUACAACGGGUACUGCGACGUUUUUCAAAAAUGCAGAGAGGUGGAUCCGAGCGGUCCUUUAGCUACCCUGAGGAAACUUCUCUUGUCCGACGAAAGUUUAGCUUCGUUCAAACGUUGGGUGGCCGAUCAUUGGUACGCCGUUGCGCUCAUCGUCCUCGGUGCGAUUUCGCUUUUGGUGGCGAGCACGAGACUGUUGGGGAAACGGCCGGACCUGAAAUUGAAAUCGGUAACGAUAAUUCACAGCUCGACAACGGAGACGGUCAGACUUCCGCCGGAAGGACAAGGGGGAGUGACCGUUCACCCGCCAGCGGUCAGGGCGAAACUUCCCUUGAGCAGGAAAGUCAGAGAGAAGAGGAGACGACGACGCAAGGUGCCUAACAAAAACUCGUCAUCGGGGAACGGCGGGGCGCAGGGUAACGAGAAACCGUCGAAAGUAUCGAAAAAGAAGAGGUCGGUAGCACCGGCGUCUUCGGGAUUGGCGGGAAACUUGAGUACUCCAGGGGUAUUGGUUCAGCCGUCUGGAACGGCCGAAGAUCAUCGUAACGAGCCCGCAUCAAACGAGGCAAUAUCGGCGGGGGUAAUAUCACGAAAACGAGUGGCCGAAGUACUUCUGGCGUCGGGUGUAGUGAAGCAGAAAAAAUUGUCAAAAGAGAAGCAACAACAUCCGCAAAAUCCGACGUCGGAGGCGAACAACAACGUGAACAAUACGGGCGCGGGUGCGACAACGACGGCGAUACCGAUAGCCACGGUACAGGCGGUGACGUCGAACGUCAAUCAAAAGAAGCGUAGAAAAAAGGGUAACAAAGAGGUGAUAGAUUAUUCAUCGGCCCAGCAACACAACGAGAACGAUUCGACGUCGAUGAUAACGGAUUCGGAUCCCAAGAGUAAAGUCCGUUCGUGGUUGUUAGCGUCAUCCCAAGUUGUUACAGACGAGCCAUCGAACAUACCGAAGAGUAAAUCGACGCCGGCCGGAUUAACGACCGUUGGCGGUAUGCGGAGUAACGUGGCGUGCGGUAUCCGCGGUCGUCAAGUGACAUUGAGAAGGCCGACCGACCCGAAAGCCAGAAGUUUGGGGUCGAUAGCGCGCAAUAACGACCAUAAUAAAAACGAUCGUUUGCGUCUUCAAGUUGUUUACAAACCGCCGUUCAAAUUCAGCGUGAAACUAAGGAAAGCUGACAAGGUCGGUGCAGCGUGCAACGUAGCUACGGCGACAGCGGGUCACGGGGCGCAAAGAACUUCGGCCCCUCGCACCGGAGUUUUAGUCAGGACAACGACCGGGGGAGGUGAAUCGAAAGCUAAAAAAGGCAGCUUCGGCAACAACGCUAACAGAAUAACGAAGCAUCGGAGCAACGCCGGUAAAACGGCGAACUUUACCGGCUUGACCCGCGGAACGGAAGAUCCGUCGGCGAAUUCCGAUUUGCACACCGUGCCAUCUGACCUCGAAGUACUUCUCUCGGAAUGUGAAUUCCUCUUCUCGGACGCGUGACAUCCAACCGAUGACCCUAUCGUCGAACCCCGUUGUUACUUAAUUUUCGACAACGAACGACGCGACGAACCCGACGACGAUCGUUACGUCGAAGAAGAAGAAGAGGAAGUUGAAGAAGGGGAUGAAGAAGAGCUCACGAUCCGAUAAAAAGUGAUAACGGUGUCCCUCGUUCACCUAAUUCAUAUUCUGUACAACUGACAGAAUACUUUGGGAACAAAUAUGGUAAGAGUGAAAAAAAAAAAAAAAAAUUGGUGAUAGCUAACUAAAAAAACUAAUAACAUUUUUCAACUACUGUAUACACACAUAGUGAUAACGACGUGAGUUGAAAAUUACGUUUCAUUCACGAUUAAUGAUAUCGUUGAUUGUGACGGUGAUCAACCGCGGAUCUCGUUGAAGUGAUGAUAAAAAUAAAAAGAACUCCCAGUUGACUAUUUGCGAGAAAACGAUUGUUAAUCGCACUCAACUUUAACGAUGGUGAUGGUGAAGAUAGUUGAAUUAAAAAAAAAAAAAAAAACUCUUCUAACAAGCUCUUGGUAAAAAAAUGAAAAAUUCGACAACUUACGACGGUUACCCGCGCUACAGUUUUUGUCCAACGGAUACCGAUUGCGAUCGUAACAUUAUAACGAUGUCGACGAUGACGGUGAUGAUAUCUGUCGUAAUCGUAACGAUCAUUUGAAUUUCGUCUGAUCGUCUGCUUUUGUGUAUUCCGUUUGCAACUGUGGAUUUGCGAUCUGAUGCUGUUAGAGAGAGAAAUGAUAUUGGAACAAAAAAAAAAUAAAAAUAAAAAUAGGAAAUACGAAUAAUUAUGAAAAUGUAAAUAUAAACGAUAUCCCGAAGAAACAGGUUUUCCCCACGAUCAUGGCGAAGAACAGUUGAGUAUAUUUUUUAAAAACUGUAAAUACAAUAUUAGAGAAACGAGAGACGUAAAAGUAAUUGGCUACGGGGAAUUAUCGCACGAUUAUUAUCACGGAGCUCUUUGCGUGACUGACAUUCCGAUACAUCACAUUAUGUACGAUUUACGUGUGUAUGUCCUUAGCUAAUUUGUCUCACUUUUCCGAUUUCAUCGUUAUCCUCAUUGUCACGAAGAUUGUAACUAUCGGCAUUAUUGUUAUUUCCGCCAUUUUAAUUAUCAUUGAAGGAAAGUGAAAAACAUCAAUAAUCCUCGAUACGGGAAUUCCAAUGAUUUCGAUAACAGUCACGAUAAUCCACAGCAUCCAUAUUAUCGUGGAAGGUCUUCCAAAAUAUAGCUACUCCUCGCGGAUCGUCGUCUGCUUUGUUAGACAAGAAGAGCGAUUAGAAGUGACAAAGAAAUAAACAAGUUUUAGAUAAUUACCGAAUCUCGCCGCAGACUUGGCCAGCGAUUAUGCCGUUGUUGUACAUUAAAAUUACAUCGAUUGCGAUGUAAUGAAAGACUACUCGUAUGAGCAUACCUAUACUAUUAUUACGCAUACCAUAUUAUUAUAGUUUAUCAGUAAUUGAGAAUGUUAUCAAAUUGUAACACGUAUGUAAGUUAUACGUACUCGUAUCUACGUAGACACCAUAGGCAGUACUGACCAUAUUACAUAAGUGGUAUACGGUAACACGUACUUGAGAAAUUUCUGAAGCAAGAAUUAUUGUUAUAAGAGGUUUGGCGAAAAACGUGAGAAGUUAAAUGUGAA